CCCCUCCCCUCCCCUCCCCCCGUCGCCGUCUCUCUUCCAUCGCAAUCAUUCUAUCUCUCUCUCAUCCUCAUCCUCAUCCCUCCUGUUGCCACCACCCAUCCCCAAACUCAUCGCACUCAUCCACACACGCACGCCCACGUACACAACACACCCCCGCCCACCCGUGUCCACAUACACUCACACAACCGCUCUCCCUCUCUGUUGCCUGCCCUCCUGGCCUCGGCCUCCGUCGAUCUCCUAUCUACGCUGGCUUCUUUCACCGCACCUCGGCAUUGACGAACAAUAGCCUGUCUCGUCUGCCCCCAUCACUCACUCUCGGUCUAGCUUGCUUCACCGCCACACAAGCAGCAGGCCUCCUUUCCGUUCGCCUCCAAGGCGGACAAUCAUCGCGAUCAGAUUCUCUGAUUCGCAACAUUCACCACCCUUUGCCCCAGCCUCGCUAUGUCCAUUUCCCGCAAGCGCGUAGGCUCCUUUAGUCAACGCAACGACUCUCCUCUGCCACCAUUGGAUAUACAGUCAAUCCACAUGCCGUCCAACCCGCAGAACUCCCUCGCCCUCAAGACGGCGGCAUUGUCAUCGACAAAGACGUUGUUCCAGAUGGCCUCGAGCCUUAGGAAGCGUCUGCGUAACCUCGAUGACUUUGCUCCCUUUCUCGAACAACCCGAAGGCCAGUCACUCGACGUUGUCGCACACAUGCUGCACGUCUUGCGUCUCGGAUCAUCACUCUGCCACGUCUACAAUGCCCUCAUUCCAGCCUUCACAUCACCAUCAUCACCCCUCUAUGCCGACGGGCCCGCCCCAACACCACUCGAGUACGAGUUCCCCAACUUUAUGGAAUCACCCCACGGCGUUCGCAACUGGGCCAAGAAGCCAGAAAACGCAAAGGUGUGCCAGCGAUACAUCUACGCAUUCUGCACUCAGAUGAAGCUUCGCAAGGACGAGGGGCGAUGGUACGGCGACGCUUGGGCCAUCCAUGAGCUGUGGGGACGAACAAAGGGCGACGAAAGCGAGUGCGAAAACUACGACACGACCGGUCUAAUGAAGGUCUUCCAGACCGUCGAGGCUAUUCUCGACCACCUCCCAGACUCGGCCAUGUCCCCAAUCUCCCCAACCCUUCCUACGCCUUUCGCCUCCUCACAGUCCAUUUCUGCGGCCAUUGCUCCGAUGACAAGUAUAAACGGCCACCAGACCCGCCUCUCCUACCAGGACGGCAACUAUGCCUCGCUCAACAGCAGCACUACCUUGGUGAAUCUUAGCCAAAACGGUUCAGGCAGCGGAGACGACCCAUUGUCCAAGUCUGUGUCCAUCGAGCAGCUGCACGCUGCUGCAGGUGACUCUGGCUCGGACAAGGCGUUCAAGACCGUCCAGGAGCUCGUGAAUUCCGAACGGUCAUACGUCCAGGAGAUUGAGAUUCUUGAGCGUUUCUCUGUCGAGAUCCUCAACGCCGACCUGGCGUCCCCAGAAACAGUCUACUCCAUUUUCUCAAACUUGCGCCAGAUUCUCGACUUCCAGCGCAAAUUCCUCAUCAAGUUGGAGACCGAGUUUGAACCAAUCGACGAGAUGGGCCCCGAGGCCUGGACUGAGGGGCGAUGGGGAAGGCCGUUUGUCGACAUGGAGAAGGAGUUUGCAGUGUAUGGCCCCUAUUGUGCCAACUUUAUGGACGCCCAGAAGGUGGUGCAGGGAGUUCAUGCUCAUCUUAUGAUGGGCAUGGAUCUUCCAGAAGACCGUCGCCCAUGCCUAAACCCCGCAACCGAGCUCCAGGCAUUCAUGAUCAAGCCGAUCCAGCGUAUCACCAAGUAUGGCUUGCUUCUCGACGCCAUCCAGCGCGAGGCCGUCAAGCAUGACUACCGCUUCCUCGCCGAGCUUCAGGACGGCAUUGACGCGGUGAAGCGCGUCACUCUUGACAUUGACGAGACCACCGCGUACAAGACCAAGCAGGCCACAGUGCGCGACCUCGUUGCCCGCGUCGACGACUGGAAGGGUCACGACUAUGAGCGGUUUGGCGAUCUUCAUCUGGACGACCAGUUCACUGUCACCAAGAACGACACUCCAAGAGACUACCACGUCUUCCUCUUUGAGAAGAUGAUGCUGUGCUGCAAGGAGGUCUUGCCGGACAAAAAGACCAAGGGCGGCAAGAACAACAACAUGCUCCGCAAGGACAAGACGGCCAGCAAGGGGCAGGCACCACCCAAGCCGAAGCUCUCGUUGAAGGGCAGGAUCUUCGUGUCCAACAUUACGGACGCGAGGUUGAUACCUGCAUCGGUUGAUGAGCCCUUCGCGCCUCCCAAGGUGCGCAUCAUGUGGUCGGUCCCGACAACGCGCAACAACAACGAGGAGUAUGUCAUUGAGGACGCCUUUAUCAUGACCGGCCGUAACGAAGACCAGGUCAAGAAGUGGGCAGACAAGAUCAUGGAGCUCGCGAUAAAGGCCCGCCAGGACCAGUCGGCACAAGAUUACAUGCGCGCGCAUCGGAGCCACAUGCGGACCGACUCGCACUCGCGGAUAUCGGACCCGCAGCGGAUGUAUUGGUCGUCUGGGUUUGCACCACAAACGCCAGGCCCUGAGCACACGACGUUCUUCGCGCCUCAGACCCCGGGCCACCCAGGCAACAACAUGCUCCAUGACGAGGACGAUGAGAUUGACGAGCACCGUUCUUCGCAGCAGGAUUCGCUUACCGGUCUCGCGAUCUACGGCGUUCCUGGCGUGCCCUUCCCCUCGGCAAACAGGAGGGCGCAGAGCCAGCAGUCGAUCCCUCCGGCAGCACAAGCCGAGCUGCGCACGCGGGCGAUGACCGAGGACCAGAACGGGCCAAGUAUGACCCAGUGGAGGCAACAUGCCCCCCCUCUGCCUCAUCUUCCCCGCGCCAAUACCGCCGGCUCGGUGGUGGCGAGCGAUGCGUCGUGGGGUCACAGCGCAGGUCAGUCGUAUCGCCGACAGCCGAGUCAGUCUGGAGGAGACGAUGUGUACGGCGCGCCUACCGCCUACGGCCGCUACGACCAGCUUCCAGGGCGAGGGCAACGGCCACCACUUCCCGGUAUGCCACCGCACCCCAUGCGCAGCCGCAGUACCUCAUCACCCAACGCAUACCAGCCCACCGAGUCACCUCUGCCACCACUCCCCAACAGCGCUGCCGUUAAUGGCCACUGGGCAGGAGCCAACGGCAUCCCCUAUCCCACAGGCUCAUCAUCCUCUUCUUCGACCGGGCUUGCUUCCGCUGCUCCUGGCGGCACGACCUUUUUCAACCGCCGCAUGUCGGUUGGUAAGAGGUCAAGCCAGGAGUCGGAGACUACCGAGACCUCUGAGACGUCGAGCGGAUCCCCGCGGACACCCUACACCAACGAGCGAUCCGGUGAUCCACGGGGUGCGACCCCCGUUUCGCGCCAGAACAGCCAGGACGCGCCGUCGCUGGUGUACAUCAAGGUGCGCUCUGGCGACGCCAACUUUGUCAUCAGCAUGCCGUCGGAUGUGUCGUACAGCACGCUGCACGAGAAAGUCGUCAAGAAGCUGCGCCUGUGCAGCGGGCGGCACAGCUCCGAGAUCCUCGACAAGCUGAUCAAGAUCAAGUGGCUCGACUCUGACGGCGACGAGAUUGCCAUCAAGACCGACUCGGACGUGCAAGUCAUGCUUAUGGAGUGCACCGAGGGCCAGAUCCAACUCAUCGCCAGCUAGAAUAUUCGUCUCCACCCGCAUUCCCAUCGUUUUGUUUAGAGGCCCACUCUACCCCGCAUACAUCCUCCACACUCUCUUUGUGACGACUUCGUACUCUCGGCUCGGCUCGUCUUGUCUGGUGAUAUUUCUGUUGUGUUGGCUAGUAGUGGAAGGUGGUCGUUCUCUAGUAUUAUAGAGGGCUAAGAAUGUACGUUUUAGUGAGUGCGUGGCUCG